GGUUUGUGUCCUCAAGGUCGAGAGUUUUCUGCGUUGCUAUAAACUUAUUCCACCAUUCAAUGUUGUGGGGUUGAGCGUAAUGCGACAGGGCAUGUACGUUGGCUUUCAAGGCGGCGAUGGAAAGUACAUCAUUGUCAACCUUGAAUUUCGAAGAUCCUCCCGCUUUUCGAUUACGGACAUGACCUUCACUGCUGACGACCUUAUCACGCCUCUCGUCCUCACCCCGACAAGGGUUGUGCAGCAAAGGCGGCCACCGGAGCAGGAUGAUUUUCCCCAAAUGGGAGAAGGAGAUGAGGAUGAAUAUGUUUUAGAAGAAGGAGAGUUCGUGGCAGGAGAAGGCGUAGGAGAGGAAGACAAAGGAGAGGGAGAGGAAGGAGAGGGAGAGGAAGAGGAAGAGGAAGGAGUAGAAGAAGAAAAAGAAGAAGAAGAAGAAGAAGAAGAAGAAGAGGAAGAGGACGAGGAAGAAGAUCCAAUGGAGGAGGACGGCAGCUGGCAGAGAGAGUUCCUCGAGUCGAGGCCCGUUCGCAGCGACUUCAAGUACUUCUUUUGGGCCGUGUACGUCACAGCUGGAUUACAUUAUCUUCACGUCAAGACCAGCGGCAACGGUGUCUAUGCAUGAAUCGGAGAAAUUUUAUUUGCAGCGCACGUGACGGAAAAAUAUCUCAUCGCGGAGUUGUGGGUCGUUAUCAAGGGCAAACUCACUAAAUGUCUGUUGAAGGGGGAUAAAGUAAUGCCCAUGAA